CCCGGCCCCGCCCCGCCGUGACCUCAGCGCGCGCACCGGGCGCUGCCGCAGCCGUUGCGGCGCGCGCCUCACGUGACUCAGGUAACGGUUCCCCGCCCCGCCGCUCCCGCAGCGCCUCUCGUGCCGUGGGCGAACGGGGAGGCGGAGGGGGAGGUGGAGGCGGUGCCGCCGCUGCCCACGGACGCGCUCAGAGCCCCUCCCGCCCCCCGCAGAGUUGGAUCUUCUGUCUGAUAAACAGACAUGAGUCAUCUGAAGUUGUUAGCGGCUACACUGAAGUGGAAUGGCAUUAAACUUCUGGGAAAGCAAGAAAUAGGCAGAAGGAUAUUUUUACACAGCCAACGGUAUGCUUCAUCAGGAACUUCAGAACCAUUCCUGAGUGGGAGUAAUUCAAGUUAUGUGGAGGAAAUGUAUUAUGCAUGGCUUGAAAACCCUAAAAGUGUACAUAAGUCCUGGGAUUUGUUUUUCCGAAAUGCUAAUGCAGGUCAAGCGUAUGAUCCCCAUCUACUGGACCAGCUGGAAAGAAAACCAUCAUUUCUUCAGAGCCAUGGCCUGGCCCAGACACCAGCUAAAGCUGAAAAGCUUGUUGAAGAUCAUCUUGCUGUGCAGUCUUUGAUAAGAGCAUACCAAAUCCGUGGCCAUCAUGUUGCUCAGCUGGAUCCCCUUGGAAUUUUGGAUGCAGACUUGGAUUCUUUUGUUCCAUCUGACUUAAUCACCACAAUUGAUAAACUUGGGUUUUAUGGUUUGCAUGAGUCAGAUUUGGACAAAGUCUUCCAGCUGCCUACAACCACCUUCAUAGGAGGAAAGGAGAACAGUCUGUCUUUACGAGAGAUCAUCAAAAGGCUGGAGAAUACCUACUGCCAGCACAUUGGCCUGGAGUUUAUGUUCAUCAAUGAUGUGGAGCAGUGCCAGUGGAUCCGGCAGAAGUUUGAGACACCAGGAAUUAUGAAGUUUACUAAUGAGGAAAAAAGGACUUUGUUAGCAAGACUGGUGCGCUCCAUGAGAUUUGAAGACUUCCUUGCUCGCAAGUGGUCUUCUGAGAAGAGAUUUGGUUUGGAAGGAUGUGAAGUGAUGAUUCCUGCACUUAAGACCAUCAUUGAUAAAUCCAGUGAAAUGGGAAUCGAGUAUGUUAUAAUGGGGAUGCCUCACAGAGGGAGGCUGAAUGUAUUGGCUAAUGUAAUCCGAAAAGAGCUGGAGCAGAUCUUCUGUCAGUUUGAUCCCAAACUAGAAGCAGCUGAUGAGGGAUCUGGGGAUGUAAAAUAUCAUCUGGGAAUGUACCAUGAGAGGAUCAACCGAGCAACGAACAAGAAGAUCACUCUGUCCCUGAUGGCUAAUCCUUCCCACUUGGAAGCAGUUGAUCCUGUUGUGCAAGGGAAGACAAAAGCUGAACAGUUUUAUCGAGGGGAUACAGCUGGGAAAAAGGUUAUGUCCAUAUUACUACAUGGGGAUGCUGCCUUUGCAGGACAAGGAGUGGUUUAUGAGACGUUUCAUCUUAGUGACCUCCCUUCCUACACCACAAAUGGCACUAUUCACGUUGUGGUCAACAACCAGAUUGGCUUCACCACAGACCCCCGCAUGGCCCGUUCAUCUCCAUAUCCUACUGAUGUUGCUCGUGUGGUCAAUGCUCCCAUUUUCCAUGUGAAUGCUGAUGACCCUGAAGCAGUAAUGUAUGUAUGCAAUGUAGCUGCAGAGUGGAGGAACACAUUCAAUAAAGAUGUGGUGGUUGACUUGGUUUGUUACCGUAGGAGAGGGCACAAUGAAAUGGAUGAACCCAUGUUCACCCAGCCUCUAAUGUACAAGCAGAUUCACAAACAGGUGCCUGUGCUGAAGAAGUAUGCUGACAAACUGAUUGCAGAUGGGACUGUAACACUGCAGGAAUUUGAGGAAGAAAUUGCAAAGUAUGAUAGAAUAUGUGAAGAAGCAUAUACUAGAUCUAAGGAUAACAAGAUCCUACAUAUCAAACACUGGCUUGAUUCACCUUGGCCUGGCUUCUUUAACAUGGAUGGAGAACCCAAGAGCAUGUCUUGUCCUCCAACUGGCAUUUCAGAAGACCUGCUGACUCACAUUGGCAAUGUAGCUAGUUCAGUGCCAGUCAAAGACUUCAAAAUACAUCCAGGACUCUCUCGGAUUUUGAAAGCCCGCUUGGAAAUGACCCAGAACAGGGUUGUUGACUGGGCCUUAGCAGAAUACAUGGCUUUUGGCUCUGUUCUGAAGGAAGGCAUCCAUGUCCGACUGAGUGGACAGGAUGUGGAGAGGGGCACUUUCAGCCAUCGUCAUCACGUGCUUCAUGAUCAAGAAGUGGACAAGAGAACAUGUGUGCCCAUGAACCACCUCUGGGAGCAGCAGGCCCCCUAUACAGUGUGCAACAGCUCCCUGUCUGAAUAUGGUGUCUUAGGUUUUGAGCUUGGCUUUGCUAUGGCGAGUCCCAAUGCUCUGGUGUGCUGGGAGGCCCAGUUUGGUGACUUCCACAACACUGCCCAGUGUAUAAUAGACCAGUUCAUCAGCUCAGGCCAGGCCAAGUGGGUUCGGCACAAUGGGAUCGUCCUGCUCUUGCCACAUGGAAUGGAAGGAAUGGGUCCAGAGCAUUCAUCAGCCAGGCCUGAGAGGUUUCUGCAGAUGAGCAAUGAUGAUUCUGAUGCUUAUCCAGAGUUCACUGAGCAGUUUGAAGUUUCCCAGCUGUAUGAAUGCAACUGGAUUGUGGUGAAUUGUUCAACCCCAGCCAAUUACUUUCAUGUCCUCAGAAGACAGAUCUUGCUGCCAUUCAGAAAACCGCUGAUUGUUUUGACACCCAAGUCACUACUGAGGCAUCCAGAAGCUAAAUCCAGUUUUGAUGAAAUGGUGUCUGGUACCACUUUCCAACGAGUGAUUCCUGAGAAUGGGCUGGCAGCUCAGGCACCACAUGAAGUCAAGAGAGUGAUUUUCUGCACUGGAAAAGUGUAUUAUGAUCUUGUGAAAGAGAGAAAGAAUCAAGACCUGGAGAAACAAGUGGCUAUAACCAGACUUGAGCAGAUCUCACCAUUCCCCUUUGACCUGUUGAAAGAAGAACUUGAGAAAUAUCCAGGUGCUGAUCUGGUUUGGUGUCAAGAGGAACACAAAAACAGUGGAUACUAUGAUUAUGUCAAACCUCGUUUCCGCACGAUUGUGAACCACACUCGACCUAUCUGGUAUGUUGGCCGAGAACCUGCUGCUGCAGCUGCCACAGGCAACAAGAACAUGCAUUUGGUGUCACUCAGAAGGUUCUUGGAUACAGCUUUCAACCUGGAAGCCUUUGAAGGGAAGACAUUCUAACUGCAGGGCACCAACCCAUCUCUGAGUAGUAUUCUCUCAAAUCACUGCAUCCAAAAUAGAAAAUAAAAGUGGGGAAAAUACUGGAAGUUAUGUAUUUUUGCUUUAUCAGAUAUAAUGGUCCAUCUGACUUCAUUAACCUACAACUUGCUCCCCUGUUUGUAAGGAAAAAAAAAAAUCCUACUUAGCCUUUCACCAUUUUUUUGUCUAUUUAGAUCAGGACCUCUUUGGCACAAGGAGAGCCUGUCCAAGGAUGCAUUGUCUAGCUCAGUGGAGCUCAGUGAGGCUCCAGUCUCAGUCUGUGGGCACUGUCUGAUUACUUUAAGUAGAGCAGGAACACAGACAAACUGUAGCUAGGCACAUCCCUUGAAAAGAUGGUAAGAUGUUUGAGAGCCACCGAGAUACCUUGUAUAAUGAAAAUGGUCAACAGUUAUUUCUAGGUAUAUUGGAGAGGAGUAGUGAAACCAAAAAGCAGAGAUGGUAGAUGGCUCUGGUAGGGAAAUGUACUGGUUGUGGCUGGUGGAAGGAGAUGGCAAGGUAGCCUGGUGAUGUGAGGAGAAGGCUGGAAAUUGGGAGUCAGCUUGAAUGGCUGCUGAACAGGUGAUAGGUGAUAAAAGGAGUAGUGUGGACCACUUAGGUGUAACGUGGAGAAGAGUGAAGCCAGAAACUAAAGGGACCAAGAAAAAGUUUGUUGGGGUAGUUGAGGAGGGACCACAGCUGACAGAGCAGUGGGUGAUCAGCAGGAGAAUUCAGUAUCAAAUGACUUGAGAAGUAAGAGGCAACAGCAACAAAUGCUCCCACUCUCUGGGCUGCCUGCUUUGGUGCUUUUUGGUAUCAGGGAACUGUGCUGAGUGUGCUCCUGGAACAGAGUUGUGUUCUUGGCAGUACAUUUUACCCUGCAGAAGUUGUAUUGGCUAUGGCAUAAUAAAGUUUGACAGUUUAUGCCUGAUUCAGAGUCAGGUGAUGUUGGAAAGCUUCUUGUCUCAUCAAAAUAAUUAAAAAAACACUAUUAAAAACCUUUAGCUAUUAUCAGGUACUUCUCGCUGGGGCUGUGUGGGCUUAUGCUGUCCCUUUAUUUGGCCUGGAGACAACACAGUGGUGAAAAAAAUGUGGUAAAGUACUUGCCAUGGGAUUCAGAACCAAGCUUAGUCUAAUGUUUGUGAAACUCUCUGGCACCUUUUAAAAUCAGGCUCGUUGCCCUAAACUUUUUGUCUCAUUGAAACAGUGAGGCUAAUUCAGUCUUUUGAAACCUAAUGAACUUGGAAAGCACUUCAGUUGACACUCUCCUGUCCUUUUCUGUAGCUCAACAGCUGAUAGGCAGUAACCACGACACAAAGUAUUUUAAUGCUUUUAUGAAUGCUUCCUUCUGUGGCAAGAACUGAGUGCAGCUAUAUAUUGUUGGCUGUUUAUUGUAUUCUCAGUCUGCAUAAGGCAGGUCAGUGCUGCAUGAAAUAAGAUAAAUGCCACUUAUGCCACAGUAUAUGCAGAGGUAGAAAACAAAUCAUAGAAAUGUAAGUGGUAAAUGACAGGUUUCCAUUUUCAUUGUGUAUCAUAGAUUGUGGUAUAAUACUUGCAUCAAAAUUCUAUCAAAGAAUGUAAAAAAUGCAAUAAAAUAAAAAUACAUAAGUAUAGAACAAAA